AAGCAAAGUCUGUCUGGAAAACACUUCAGUUUGCUGUUCUGAACCUUCACCAUCAUGAAUGCUGCCAGCUUUAACUCCUUCCCUCUCUGUGGACUUAUACUAUUAUUAUCCUUCCUGCUUCAAUCUGUUUUUGUUGCAGUUACAUAUAUAUACUUCUCACAUGAACACAAACAGCUUCGUGAAGCUUAUACCAGAAGUAAUAUUGCCUGUCUGAUCGGAGAAGAUAUAGGAGAUUUCUUCCAGUCUACAGAUAUCUUAGAAGCACAAAAUGACCCUUGCUGGGAAGUUAAAUUCCAACUGCAAACUUUAAUCAAAAAGAUAAUGUUUAAAAAUUUCAACCGUGAGAUGUCAAAAGAAAUUAAAGAUACCGUUUCAGAAACGCUUCCAUUUAUUCAACAAACUGAAGAAUACCGAGCUCAAGUAGUAGCAGCGCAUGUAACUGGAAAUAAUAGGAAAGUGCCCAGCCCACAAGAAAGCACAAUGAUAAGAAACAUGAAUGGGCAUAAAAUAAAUGUAUGGAAGUUUUUCAAACAUGGAUCAUUUCUGAACAAUUUGGAAAUGGAACAUGGGGACCUGAUCAUUAAAAAAAGUGGGUUUUAUUAUGUUUAUGCUCAGAUAUAUUUCCGGUUAAAAACCGAGUCCAGAAAAAAAAAUGAAGGGAAGCAGAUAUUGCAACAAAUUUACAAAGUAUCAAGUUACCCAGAUCCAAUCCUUCUGAUGAAAAAUGCAAAAACCGCAUGUUGGUCUGAGAAUGCCGAAUAUGGGCUUCACUCCAUUUAUCAAGGAGGCGUUUUUAAGCUAAAUGAAAAUGAUCGAAUAUUUGUUGCCGUUAACGAUGUAAGUUUAAUAGAUAUGGAUGAAAAUGCUACAUUUUUUGGUGCUUUUCUGGUUGGUUAACUAAUACAAAAUCUUUUCAAGAUUUUUGCUUGCAACAUCAUUAACCCUUCCCGUGCUAAGCAAUUUCCCACGUGGGUGCUAAGCUGAUUUGAGGGUUUUUUAGUUUUUAAUUUUUUUAAAUAUUUUUUUUUAACUUUUUAUUUUUCUUUUUUCAGAUCCCCAAGAUGUAUACCAUUACAAAGGUGAUUACCUUUCCAACGAUUGGUCUUGGGGGUCUGUAGCUGCUUAGAUGCCUGAGAUAUAGGCUUCUAAGCAGCAUGCCCCCUUUUCCUAUACUGUCCAUUGUCUUUUUUUAAUAAAGUUGCGCGGUGACGUCAUCACAUCAUUGCGCGUGACGUCACCACACAAAACAUGAAGCCCCGGCGAUGCCUGUCACUAUACAGGCCCGAUUCCCGGGGUAGGAGCGGGAGGGAGCCCCCAGAUCUCCCUCAAGGUGGGAGAGUGCUAACAACGGCUCUGAGCCAUCGUUAGCACCUGAGUGGGAAACUCUGCGAUGGCUCAGAGCCGUCGUUAGCACUCAAGGGGUUAAAGUAAUUCUACAACCAGUCAGCAUCUACUGGAUUAGUUUGAGGUAACAGGUAAAGAAACAGAAGGAUUGAGAACACGUAGCAGUUGUCAGUGUAAAGGACAUUGUAGUGUAAAAUGACCAGGGAUAGGCAAGGUGUCCAUACACGGACACUGGAGUCCGUGACUAGCCCUUGCAGUGUCCGCCACAACCUUAGUAUAUCUUUUCUUUCUGAUUAAAUAACAGGAAUAA